AUGAGACCAUUAUCAAGGUAUAUAAUACAAAUGAUAAGAAAUAGAUUUCGUUGGAGAUGUCCUAUUUAUCAACCCCAUUUACUAGUCUGUAACAACCCAGUGCAUUAUGCACAAAAUUUAUCAAGGAAUUAUGGAAACAGUCCAGGACCAGUUUCAACAGUCUUCAAUGAUAACCUUCUGUAUCAAAUCGACAUAAAACUCCAAAAAGGAAACCCUAUCCCCAAAAAAUUAGUCGAACGUUUGAUAAUCGAGCUCCAAAACUUUGGCAAAAUCUAUAACUUCGACGCAUUCCUAGUCAUAAAAAGUUGCGGUAAGUCUUUGAUGGACGCAGACGCUAAGGAGAGUAUCGAGCUGGUGCACUACUUAUGGGACACCCUUGAAAGCCUCGAAGUAAAACUCGAAGUGUCUCAUUACAAUGCUCUGCUAGACGUGUACUUAGAAAAAGACUACGACUUUUCACCAAAUAAAUUUCUCUCAACAAUGAUUGAAAAAUCAGUAGAACCCAACCGCGUGACUUUCCAGCGACUGAUAGCAGCUUGCUGCAAAAAAGGCGACAUCGCAGAAGUGAUGGCCCUGAUGGUAGAAAUGAAGAGCCGAAACCUUCCCUUAACCGAGGAGAAUUUCAACAUGCUAAUCUUGGGACAUAGCCAAGCGGGUGACAUUGACAGCGCGAUUAAUACCCUGGCCAUCAUGAAGGACAAGGGAAUUGUCCCUUCAAUUGACACCGAAACCGCUUUGAUGUGCGCGUACGCCAAGCAAGGUGACUUUAAAUCUCUGAAUGACUCAUUUGAAAAAUUAGCAGCUAACAAUUUUGAUCUCGAGGAGAGACAUUAUAUGGAAAUUUUCCAAAGCUUAGUAAUCAACGGACACUUGGAGCAAGCUGAGAAUUUUUUAUCAAAAAUGCCCAAAGAUCUUAACUCGGACAUAGACACCAGCCGGCUGAUCAUAAAACUUAUCAAGAUGCAGCACACUGAUCUGGCUUUAAGGCUGUUAAAGUCCACGACGGCCAAUUCUUUGAGAUUACAUGCUCGUAUAAAUAUAUUCCUUGGAUCUUUGGUGAAAACCGACACCAAGGUAGAAGAAGUAAUUCAAAUUUGCGAGAGAAUAAAAAAAGACUUUGCAAAUGAGGAUCCUUUUAAAGAAGCGGUCUACUUCUACCUAUUCAACGGGAUAAGUCCUUCUUCAACUCUCGAGAUGAUGAAAGCCUGGCGCAAAGUUGGUGGACAAAUCCACGAUCAUUUUUUCUGGCCGCUGCUGGUCCUCGAGAGCAAAGCCAGUAAUGUCGACGGGAUUUUAAACGUCCUUAAAUCAAUGAUUGAAGAUUUUAAAAUCACCCCUUCUUUGAGGACACUCAGAGACUUUACAAUUCCGUACAUGUUCGGUUCUCGAAAAGAGAUCAUCAACAGGUUGAAGCCGCUGAAUAUUUCCGCGGACACUAUUGUGAUAGCGAUGGCCGACAGGUGUAUUAUUGAGCGACAGCUCAAAAAUGCUGCGAUCUUGAUGACUUUUCAUGAAACUAAAUUCCCUACGGAUGAUGAAUUCCUCCAUCGAUUCGUCGAGACUCUUAACGCCAGAAAUGACGUAAAAUCUUUUGUUGUAAUUUUAAGACUUUUGUACAGUGACUCGGGAAAGGUUUCAGCAGUUUGUAUGGAUAAAAUUUUAAGGAAAGUUAUUGAUGUAGUACCGGAUUAUCGGCCUAGUGUGAUGAUUAGUCUCCUUCAGGAGCUAACGGUAGCUGGGUUGAGUAUUUCUGAGGAAAUUGCUGGUGAAAUUAGGAGUUAUUUAGCAAAUAAUGUUGAAGAAGUUGAUGAUGUUAUUAAAAAAUUAGAAUCUGGAGAAUUAACAGAAGUUCCAAUGUCUGAGUACAACCCUUAUUUGCUGCAGCGGUCUGAAGGCUCUGGAGAAAUUAUUCCUCAUAGUCAGGUGUAUGAAUUGAGGAAUCAGUUCAAUAAAUAUGUUACGGAGUUUGAUAAUGAGCGCGCAGCUGCUGUUUGCAAGCAGUUAGAUGCUAUAGGGUAUGUAACUCCGCCGUUUUAUGCUAUGGCGAUUGGAGUUUUUUGCGAUUUGGGAGAUCUAGAGACUGCUGGGAAGUAUGUUGAGCAAUUUUCAGAGAAAUUACCUCAGCACAAUUUGAGUUUUGGGAAAGGUCUUAAGUUUGCGGAGUUGUUGGUUAAAAAUAAUCGGUUUGAAGAAGCUGUUAGAUUUAUUAAGAGGCAGCCGGUCGCUAAAGACAAGCAAGCUUUUUCUCGGACGAAUGUUAAAGCUGUGGAGUCUCUUCUUGCGCUUACGGCGAAUCAAGAAAGUCUUGAGAAGACUUUUCAGAUGAUUGACCUGCUAGCGGACAAGAAAUUGUUGAAAGCGGCCACUUUUCCACUGGGGAUUAUUAUUGAAUCGUUUCUUGAAAAGAAAGAACACACUAAAGCUCUGGAAGUUUUUGAACGAGCUGUGACUGAGUAUAUGUGCACUCCUAAUAAAAUUAAAUUGUUAGAGACUUUGCUACUGAGGGAUGAUCAGGUUAAUCUUAAAAGAUUUUUAGAGUUUAAUAAUGAUACUUGGGGAGAAAAAAACACGGACUUUAGUAUGGCACUGGUGAAUUUAAGCAUCGGAAAGUAUCAACUUGUUAGGAAGUAUUUUAAAAAUUUAGGCUCGUUUGUUUCGAACUUUCAAAUUGGCUUUUUUAUUGACUACCUUGAGAAGACGGAAAACUUUGAGGCGCUUGAAGAGUUUAUUGAAAUUACUAAGCGCUUGGAUGGAAAUCACACUAAUUUGUUUAAAAGAGCGCUCAAGGUUUAUGUUAAGUAUGAUGACUGGGAAGGAGCGAUGGAUCUUUGGAUGAAGAUGCAAGAAGAUGAAAUUAAUCCUGAUCGUGAAUUUUUAGUUACUUUGAAGAAGUUACUUGUUAGGCAUCAACAGAAAGUUCCUUUUGUUUGUGAAGAUAGUUAUAAAAGUGAUAGGGAAGUUUCGGGGUUAGUUGGAUAA